GUCUUUACCUUUCAUUUAUAAGAGUGAAGUUUCCUCAGAUUUCACUUUUACGCGUCGGAGAAAAACCCUGGAAGAGAGCGAGCAGUGGCAAGGAAUCUUCAUGGUCGAUGCUAUAAAAGCGUCCGUUGUUUGAGAUUCCAUGUUUCGAAUCGUCCAACUUGAGAUCCUCACAAAAACUUGAAUCAACUCUCCUCCGAACAAAAAAGAGAAACACGAAAUUCAUAGGAAGCAUCCUUGGUUUUAUAUCAAUUUCAAAGGAACGAGAGAAAGAAAAAAAAAGCGCUUAAAUUGGUUAUUCAUGGAAGAGACUAAACAGCGUGUUGCUCUUCAAGAGAGAUUGAGGAUGGUGUCUUCUGAAAUUGUUGAAAAAGGUCAAAGCAGUGAAAGCAACAAGCAAAUUCUGAGGUCAACCCUUAAGGAUAACGCUGCUGUGGUGCAAGAGAUCAAGCAAUACAACGAGCACUUGAAUCCACCCAGAGAAGAAAUCAACACCCUUUUUGGAGAAAAAGAAAAUGCAGAUGAAGAAUUUGUUUGUAAAUGGUUCUCCAAGUGGUGUCUAUCUUUGUUUCUGUGCAGAUUUGGGCAGAAGAGGGAUGAUUCAUUUGCUGGUGGUGCUGAGAAGCAAGGUCUUGUGGCAAAAGAUAUUGAAGAGAAACUUUACAAAAUGAGAGAAAUUCUUGAGCUUCUGAGCAAAAGGAGUUUUGAGAAGAAUCUUGGUGGUUUUGGAACACCUUUGAAGUUUCCUUUUGGUGUUCCAGAAAACCCAAAAUUCACUGUUGGGUUGGAUGAACCGUUGAGUAAGUUGAAGAUUGAGGUUCUUAGAGAUGGAGUGUCAGUUGUUCUGCUCACUGGUUUGGGUGGAAUGGGGAAAACCACUUUGGCUACUAAGCUAUGCUGGGAUGAACAAGUUAAGGGUAAAUUUGGGGAAAAUAUUUUAUUUGUUACUUUCUCAAAAACGCCCCAGCUGAAGAUUAUUGUGGAGAGAUUAUUUGAACACUGUGGAUGUCAAGUACCUGAUUUUCAAAGUGAUGAAGAUGCAGCUAAUCAAUUGGGACUUUUGCUGAGGCAAAUUGGUAGAAGUUCAAUGUUGUUGGUUGUGGAUGAUGUUUGGCCUGGCUCAGAAGCCCUUGUCCAGAAAUUUAAAGUCCAGAUACCAGAUUAUAAAAUAUUGGUGACUUCUAGGGUUGCAUUUCCUAGUUUUGGCACCCAGUGUAUAUUAAAACCCCUUGUUCAUGAAGAUGCAGUAACCCUUUUCCGUCAUUGUGCCCUCUUAGAAGAAAGCAAUUCAAGCAUUCCUGAUGAAGAACUUGUACAAAAGGUUGUUAGAAUCUGCAAGGGUUUACCACUUGCCAUCAAAGUAAUUGGGAGAUCACUCAGUCAUCAGCCUUCUGAGUUGUGGCUAAGGAUGGUGGAGGAAUUGUCACAGCAUUCUAUACUUGAUUCUAAUACUGAACUGCUUACAUGCCUCCAAAAGAUCUUGAAUGUUUUGGAAGAUGAUCCUGCCAUCAAGGAGUGCUUCAUGGACCUAGGGUUAUUUCCUGAAGACCAAAGAAUUUCUGUUACCACUCUCAUUGAUAUGUGGGCAGAGUCGUGUAGUCUAGAUGACAAUGGUACAGAGGCAAUGGCCAUCAUCAAAAAAUUAGACUCCAUGAAUCUGGCUAAUGUCUUGGUAGCAAGGAAAAAUGCUAGUGACACAGACAAUUACUACUACAGUAACCACUUCAUCAUCCUUCAUGACCUUCUGAGAGAGCUUGCAAUUUAUCAAAGCACUCAAGAACCAGCGGAAGAGAGAAAAAGAUUGAUUAUUGAGAUAAAUCAAAAUAAACCUCAUUGGUGGCUUGGGGAGAAGUCAAAAUUGCUUAAGCCCCAACAGGCCACUGCCCAAACAUUGUCUAUAUCAACUGAUGAAAAUUGCUGUUCAGAUUGGCCCCAAAUACAACUAGCUCAAGUUGAGGUUCUGAUUUUUAAUCUUCGAACUAAACAGUAUUCCUUUCCAGAUUUCAUGGAAGAAAUGAACAAACUUAAAGUUCUGAUUGUCACAAAUUACAGUUUCUAUCCUUCUGAAAUAAACAACUUUGAGCUACUUGGCUCUUUAUCCAACCUUAAAAGAAUCAGACUAGAGCGGAUUUCUGUCCCUUCCUUUGUUGCAAUGAAGAAUCUUAAAAAGUUAUCCCUCUACCUGUGUAAUAUAAAACAGGCUUUUGAAAACAAUGACAUGCUAAUUUCAUACAUUUUUCCAAAUCUUGAAGAGUUGAAUAUUGACUAUAGCAAAGAUAUGGUGGGAUUGCCUAAGGGGCUCUGUGAUAUCAUCUCCCUAAAGAAGCUCAGUAUUACUAAUUGCCACAAACUCUCUGCACUGCCGCGAGAAUUUGGGAAGUUGGAGAAUUUGGAACUCCUAAGGCUGAAUUCCUGUACUGAUUUGGAAGGGUUACCAGAUUCUAUUGGAAGGCUUUCAAAUCUACGACUUCUUGACAUCUCAAAUUGCAUAAGCCUUCCUAAUUUACCAGAGGACUUUGGUAAUCUGUUUAACCUACAAAAUCUCUACAUGACAAGUUGUGCGAGGUGUGAAUUGCCACCCUCAAUCGCCAAUCUUGAGAAUUUAAAGGAGGUGGUAUGUGAUGAAGAGACGGCUGCAUCAUGGGAAGAUUUCAAACCUAUGCUUCCCAAUCUAAAGAUAGAUGUUCCUCAAGUUGAUGUUAACUUGAAUUGGCUUCAUACAAUUUCCUCCUAAUACUUGCUUCAUGCAGUUCAGGUUGUCUUUCCAAGAAGUCAAUGAAAGAACUAAAUACACUUUUCACAUUGGAUUGGAUUGUGGUAAACGGAAACGUCCCUUAUUAAUCAGUGCUGAAGGGGAAUCUCUGUUAAGGAACUCAUCAAACACAAAACCUUUAUGAAUCCCAAGUUCAACAACGAAAUUCUAAAUGUUGUGAUUAGCAGAUAUCCAUCCUUUUAUAUAUCCAUCAAUUUGUUGGGUGUCAACUCACUACCAUGCCUGAAGUAUCUACUGGUAUAGCAUAACUGAGCAAGAAUUCUGGGGUCUCAUUCAAAUCUUCAUUCUAGUAGCGAUGUGCUUGUUUCUAUGUAAAAAGCUGGAAUAUUUUGGAACAUAUAAUGCCAUUGAGUGUUUUAGGGACCUAUGUAUUUUUAUUCCCGAAGACCAGAUGAUCUCAAUCAUGCUGGUGCAACAGAGAAAAUUUAUGAACAGGUCAAACAUGGAUGAUUUUGUUGUUACAAGGUAUGGUGGAGGUUCUUAAAUAGUUUGAUGCAUUGUGUGAUAAAUCUUGUAAAGAAACUUAUAUUUGAAAAACAGGUAAGGAUUCCGAUCAAUGGCAGUGCAAGAGAAAAUUUAUGAACAGACAACUGAACAUGGCUGAUUUUCCUGUUACAAGGUAUGGUGGGGAAAGGCUCGUAACUUGAUGAGCUAUGUGUGAUAAUCUUUUAAAGCCACUUAUCAUUACAAACAGGAAAGUUAGCUCUGCUAAAUUUGUUAGACUUUUAGGCAUGGGAGCAGCAGGCAAAUGAAUGCUCAUGAAGAAAGAAGCUUCUAACCUUGUGUGGAAAAAUCCUUGUGUGGAAAUGGAGUAGAAGCAAAUAGAAAGGAAGGAAAUGACUAAUUGGAUCAAGAUAUCAAAUUUCUACUGCUUGUGAGAGGAGAAAUAGGAAGUCAUUUUCAUGAGAUCCACCUGAAAAUACUUCCCUUUUAAUUAGUACAAAUAUUUUUAUAUAUAUAUAAUCUGUUGGUUUAUUUGUAUUUUCUUUUCCAAUCAAUAUUCAAAUUUCUCACGUUUUUUCUUUCUA